AUGUGUGCUCUGCCCCGCAUGCUCCACGUGCUGCAUGCUCUGCGUGCCGCAUGCUCUGGGCCCGGUUCCCAUUUCUCAUGCGACUUCCGGGUACCCCCAGAAGUUUUCACCAUAGUGGGCCACUGUGGGAAACCUGAUGGGAUUCAUUGGCACUUGACCAUUGCAGAGCUCACUUUGUGGGCAAUUUCCAUUGAAUUGCACUGUGCAACCCUCUCAGUUCCUCCUGACUUGCUCAAACUUUCAAGUGAGAAUGAUACUCAUCCGCCCAAACCCAGCAAGUCUAAACAAACACCUGGUGCAACAUCUGGUUAUCCUCCACCACCAAUUCCAGGUGCCAUGUGGCCAUAUCCCACAGGAUUUGCGCCAUUCAAUACUGCCAUGCCUCAGGCAUAUGCAAGUCACGAUGCAGGUGUAAAUCCUGGUGCAAUUCCAAUCCUGCCAAAUUUACGCUACGUGUCAAUUGAAAGACUCCUUGAAGUGCUUGAUGAAGAAGAAUUGCCACCAAAAUCUCACCUCGUGAUGAAGUACAAAGAGCAGUUUGCAUCACAUGGCUUUUGCACCAUCUAUGAUUUGACUGAUACCAAUUAUCUCAGCCCCAAAGUACUCAGUGAACUCCUUGAGCCUAAACCCCCCUUCAUGACCUGUGUAUGCAUUAUAAGGCAUGCGAAGGAUGAAGUACAACACACUCAAGAUGCUUAUCUGUCUGGCGAUAGGUCGGUUCUCAUCUAG